UGUACGGCAGAGGGGAGCGGGGUACAAGAUGGCGGCGCCCGGCGGCGGCAUGGAGGGCGCGGGGGAGGCCGAGGGUUUGGUGCUGGGGCGGCUGGAGGAGGAGGCGCUGAAGCGGCGGGAGCGGCUGAAGGCGCUGAGGCAGCGCACGCUGCAGAACAAGGAGGGUGGAGAACCUGAAUCCAAAAUUCCCAGACAAGAUGAGGAAGAGGAGCCAGUCAAGCACAGGGAGAUCAAGCUGCGGAAUUACGAUCCCGAGGAUGAGGAGCUGAAGAAGAGGAAGCUGCCCCCGGCCAAACCGGCCUCAGUGGAGGACACGGUGAAGGAGCAGCUGGAAGCGGCCAAGCCGGAGCCAAUCAUCGAUGAGGUGGAUUUGGCAAACUUGGCUCCCAGGAAACCCGACUGGGAUCUGAAGCGGGAUGUGUCCAAGAAGCUGGAAAAGCUGGAGAAGAGGACCCAGAGAGCCAUCGCGGAGCUGAUCCGAGAGCGCUUGAAAGGGCAGGAGGGGGAGCUGGCGUCGGCCGUGGGAUCAGCAAAGCAGGAGGGAAGCGACUCCGACUGAGGAGAAUUCAUCAGGAAUGGGCUCCGGAUCUGCCACGCACCAACCCCGUGUCCCUCGGGUCCCUCCCUGCUGGGGACUGCUCAUCCCUUUUCCCAAACUUCCCAGUCCUGCUGUGCCUGGAGGAGAGGCAGAUCCAAGGAGCCUGGCUGGCUGCUGAGGAACUUCCAUGGAAAACUUUCUGGGAUUGGGGGGGGUUGAUGGGAGUAGGACAGACCCCCCCCAGUUAGCUGGAACUUCCUUGGAGCAAGGAGAAGUGGGAAAACUCCAGGCUGGGGCUGGAAAGGUGAAUCCGAACUCGCUGGGAAAGGAGGGAGAUGCCAGCAGCCCUUGGAAAAGCAGGAUCAUUUCCCAGGGAUUGGUGCUCCUGUUCCUGUGCAGACAUUCCUUGAGGCUCUGAAUAUUUGGGAAUAUCCAUGGCCAGCCCCAGAAUCCCUGUGGGAAGGGGCAGUGUGGCUCAGGAAUUGUUGGCUGCUCUGCAUCCAGCUGAGUUUUAAUGUGGGAUUUGCUUUGCUCCCGAAUUUCCCGACCCUCCAGGAGCGUGUCCUGCUCCUCCUCUUGGGGUUUUUAUAUUGUUAAUGGAUCUUUUCCUAAUAAAACAAUUCCACGUGGAAAAA